UAUAGUUAAGUAUUGUUCUUGUUGUUGGAAAUGAAAAAAUAUAUAGAACACAUUUAUGGUUUACAUUUUCACAGUGACAAUAAUGUUUUGGUUUUAUUUUUCAACCUAAUAUUACUAUAGUAAUUCAUUAAAUUAAUCUGUGCAUUUCAGUGUCCAUUGCUAGGAGGAGAACAAUAGCUUUUUUACUUCUUCUUGCAAGACUGCGAAGGAGGGGUAGAAGGAGAAGGAGCCAGUACUGGGUCCAUCCACUGAACCAGCGCAGGCCUCAACAAGGAGACUUUUACCAUCUUGUGGCUGAACUGCGUUUGGAUAGUCAACGCCAUCACCAGUACUUUAGGAUGAGUGCAGAGAAGAUGGAUGAGCUUCUCUCAAUCAUUGGCCAUGAACUCACCAGAAAAAAUACCAACUACAGGUCUGCCAUAGAACCAAAGCAAAGACUGGCUGUUGGACUAAGAUACCUGGCUUCUGGUGACUCAAUGAUCAGCCUUGCAUUUAGUUACCGCCUUGGCCACACAACAGUGAUGAACUCUGUGCAUAUGGUGUGUGCUGCCAUUGAAAAGGUAAUGAUGCAGACAUUUUUGCCCCGGCCAACCGCAGACUCAUGGAAGGAGAUAGCUCAACGCUUCUGGGAGAAAUGGAACUUCCCAAACUGCCUGGGAGCACUUGAUGGGAAACAUAUUGUAAUUCAAGCACCACCCCUGUCCGGUAGUCAGUACUUUAACUACAAAAAGACUUUCUCCAUUGUGCUUUUGGCCUUUGUGGAUGCAGACUACCGGUUCAGGUGCAUACAGGUGGGGGACUUUGGUAGAACAUCUGAUGGUGGGGUGUACGCAGGAUCUGAUUUGGGGAGGGAAAUGGAGAACAAAACUCUACACGUUCCUCCUAGUACCUGUCUGCCUGGUGCUGCUCACCUCGGGGAUGUCCCACAUGUCAUGGUGGGUGAUGCAGCAUUCCCCCUGAAGACAUACUUAAUGAGACCCUACCCAGGACAGAACCUCACCCACAGGAAGAGGAUGUUCAACUACAGCAUCUUGAGAGCAAGGAUGGUAGUUGAAAAUGCCUUUGGAAUUUUGGCGGCACGUUGGAGGAUUUUUCAUCGCAGGAUUAACCUGCAAUUACCUCAAUUUCCUCCUUGCCCCAAGUGAAAAUGUACGGCUGCUGGAAGAGGCAGAGGAAUUAGGAAGACACAUGGGACCAGUGAGAAACAUGGGGGAAACAGGGCAUCAAGAGAAGCCUGUGCUGUUAGGGAGAGCUUUGCCACUUUCUUCAAUUCUCCAGAGGGAAGUGUGUCUUGGCAGGACAGAAUGGUGUAAAAAAACCUUGCCAUUCCUGAUGACUGAAACCCAUUAUAUUUUGAUUGUGUGUACUGUU